AUGCCCUCUCGUCCCACCUUCAUCCCUCAUGCCCUCUCGUCCCACCUUCAUCCCUCAUGCCCUCUCGUCCCACCUUCAUCCCUCAUGCCCUCUCGUCCCACCUUCAUCCCUCAUGCCCUCUCGUCCCACCUUCAUCCCUCAUGCCCUCUCGUCCCACCUUCAUCCCUCAUGCCCUCUCGUCCCACCUUCAUCCCUCAUGCCCUCUCGUCCCACCUUCAUCCCUCAUGCCCUCUCGUCCCACCUUCAUCCCUCAUGCCCUCUCGUCCCACCUUCAUCCCUCAUGCCCUCUCGUCCCACCUUCAUCCCUCAUGCCCUCUCGUCCCACCUUCAUCCCUCAUGCCCUCUCGUCCCACCUUCAUCCCUCAUGCCCUCUCGUCCCACCUUCAUCCCUCAUGCCCUCUCGUCCCACCUUCAUCCCUCAUGCCCUCUCGUCCCACCUUCAUCCCUCAUGCCCUCUCGUCCCACCUUCAUCCCUCAUGCCCUCUCGUCCCACCUUCAUCCCUCAUGCCCUCUCGUCCCACCUUCAUCCUCAUGCCCUCUCGUCCCACCUUCAUCCCUCAUGCCCUCUCGUCCCACCUUCAUCCCUCAUGCCCUCUCGUCCCACCUUCAUCCCUCAUGCCCUCUCGUCCCACCUUCAUCCCUCAUGCCCUCUCGUCCCACCUUCAUCCCUCAUGCCCUCUCGUCCCACCUUCAUCCCUCAUGCCCUCUCGUCCCACCUUCAUCCCUCAUGCCCUCUCGUCCCACCUUCAUCCCUCAUGCCCUCUCGUCCCACCUUCAUCCCUCAUGCCCUCUCGUCCCACCUUCAUCCCUCAUGCCCUCUCGUCCCACCUUCAUCCCUCAUGCCCUCUCGUCCCACCUUCAUCCCUCAUGCCCUCUCGUCCCACCUUCAUCCCUCAUGCCCUCUCGUCCCACCUUCAUCCCUCAUGCCCUCUCGUCCCACCUUCAUCCCUCAUGCCCUCUCGUCCCACCUUCAUCCCUCAUGCCCUCUCGUCCCACCUUCAUCCCUCAUGCCCUCUCGUCCCACCUUCAUCCCUCAUGCCCUCUCGUCCCACCUUCAUCCCUCAUGCCCUCUCGUCCCACCUUCAUCCCUCAUGCCCUCUCGUCCCACCUUCAUCCCUCAUGCCCUCUCGUCCCACCUUCAUCCCUCAUGCCCUCUCGUCCCACCUUCAUCCCUCAUGCCCUCUCGUCCCACCUUCAUCCCUCAUGCCCUCUCGUCCCACCUUCAUCCCUCAUGCCCUCUCGUCCCACCUUCAUCCCUCAUGCCCUCUCGUCCCACCUUCAUCCCUCAUGCCCUCUCGUCCCACCUUCAUCCCUCAUGCCCUCUCGUCCCACCUUCAUCCCUCAUGCCCUCUCGUCCCACCUUCAUCCCUCAUGCCCUCUCGUCCCACCUUCAUCCCUCAUGCCCUCUCGUCCCACCUUCAUCCCUCAUGCCCUCUCGUCCCACCUUCAUCCCUCAUGCCCUCUCGUCCCACCUUCAUCCCUCAUGCCCUCUCGUCCCACCUUCAUCCCUCAUGCCCUCUCGUCCCACCUUCAUCCCUCAUGCCCUCUCGUCCCACCUUCAUCCCUCAUGCCCUCUCGUCCCACCUUCAUCCCUCAUGCCCUCUCGUCCCACCUUCAUCCCUCAUGCCCUCUCGUCCCACCUUCAUCCCUCAUGCCCUCUCGUCCCACCUUCAUCCCUCAUGCCCUCUCGUCCCACCUUCAUCCCUCAUGCCCUCUCGUCCCACCUUCAUCCCUCAUGCCCUCUCGUCCCACCUUCAUCCCUCAUGCCCUCUCGUCCCACCUUCAUCCCUCAUGCCCUCUCGUCCCACCUUCAUCCCUCAUGCCCUCUCGUCCCACCUUCAUCCCUCAUGCCCUCUCGUCCCACCUUCAUCCCUCAUGCCCUCUCGUCCCACCUUCAUCCCUCAUGCCCUCUCGUCCCACCUUCAUCCCUCAUGCCCUCUCGUCCCACCUUCAUCCCUCAUGCCCUCUCGUCCCACCUUCAUCCCUCAUGCCCUCUCGUCCCACCUUCAUCCCUCAUGCCCUCUCGUCCCACCUUCAUCCCUCAUGCCCUCUCGUCCCACCUUCAUCCCUCAUGCCCUCUCGUCCCACCUUCAUCCCUCAUGCCCUCUCGUCCCACCUUCAUCCCUCAUGCCCUCUCGUCCCACCUUCAUCCCUCAUGCCCUCUCGUCCCACCUUCAUCCCUCAUGCCCUCUCGUCCCACCUUCAUCCCUCAUGCCCUCUCGUCCCACCUUCAUCCCUCAUGCCCUCUCGUCCCACCUUCAUCCCUCAUGCCCUCUCGUCCCACCUUCAUCCCUCAUGCCCUCUCGUCCCACCUUCAUCCCUCAUGCCCUCUCGUCCCACCUUCAUCCCUCAUGCCCUCUCGUCCCACCUUCAUCCCUCAUGCCCUCUCGUCCCACCUUCAUCCCUCAUGCCCUCUCGUCCCACCUUCAUCCCUCAUGCCCUCUCGUCCCACCUUCAUCCCUCAUGCCCUCUCGUCCCACCUUCAUCCCUCAUGCCCUCUCGUCCCACCUUCAUCCCUCAUGCCCUCUCGUCCCACCUUCAUCCCUCAUGCCCUCUCGUCCCACCUUCAUCCCUCAUGCCCUCUCGUCCCACCUUCAUCCCUCAUGCCCUCUCGUCCCACCUUCAUCCCUCAUGCCCUCUCGUCCCACCUUCAUCCCUCAUGCCCUCUCGUCCCACCUUCAUCCCUCAUGCCCUCUCGUCCCACCUUCAUCCCUCAUGCCCUCUCGUCCCACCUUCAUCCUCAUGCCCUCUCGUCCCACCUUCAUCCCUCAUGCCCUCUCGUCCCACCUUCAUCCCUCAUGCCCUCUCGUCCCACCUUCAUCCCUCAUGCCCUCUCGUCCCACCUUCAUCCCUCAUGCCCUCUCGUCCCACCUUCAUCCCUCAUGCCCUCUCGUCCCACCUUCAUCCCUCAUGCCCUCUCGUCCCACCUUCAUCCCUCAUGCCCUCUCGUCCCACCUUCAUCCCUCAUGCCCUCUCGUCCCACCUUCAUCCCUCAUGCCCUCUCGUCCCACCUUCAUCCCUCAUGCCCUCUCGUCCCACCUUCAUCCCUCAUGCCCUCUCGUCCCACCUUCAUCCCUCAUGCCCUCUCGUCCCACCUUCAUCCCUCAUGCCCUCUCGUCCCACCUUCAUCCCUCAUGCCCUCUCGUCCCACCUUCAUCCCUCAUGCCCUCUCGUCCCACCUUCAUCCCUCAUGCCCUCUCGUCCCACCUUCAUCCCUCAUGCCCUCUCGUCCCACCUUCAUCCCUCAUGCCCUCUCGUCCCACCUUCAUCCCUCAUGCCCUCUCGUCCCACCUUCAUCCCUCAUGCCCUCUCGUCCCACCUUCAUCCCUCAUGCCCUCUCGUCCCACCUUCAUCCCUCAUGCCCUCUCGUCCCACCUUCAUCCCUCAUGCCCUCUCGUCCCACCUUCAUCCCUCAUGCCCUCUCGUCCCACCUUCAUCCCUCAUGCCCUCUCGUCCCACCUUCAUCCCUCAUGCCCUCUCGUCCCACCUUCAUCCCUCAUGCCCUCUCGUCCCACCUUCAUCCCUCAUGCCCUCUCGUCCCACCUUCAUCCCUCAUGCCCUCUCGUCCCACCUUCAUCCCUCAUGCCCUCUCGUCCCACCUUCAUCCCUCAUGCCCUCUCGUCCCACCUUCAUCCCUCAUGCCCUCUCGUCCCACCUUCAUCCCUCAUGCCCUCUCGUCCCACCUUCAUCCCUCAUGCCCUCUCGUCCCACCUUCAUCCCUCAUGCCCUCUCGUCCCACCUUCAUCCCUCAUGCCCUCUCGUCCCACCUUCAUCCCUCAUGCCCUCUCGUCCCACCUUCAUCCCUCAUGCCCUCUCGUCCCACCUUCAUCCCUCAUGCCCUCUCGUCCCACCUUCAUCCCUCAUGCCCUCUCGUCCCACCUUCAUCCCUCAUGCCCUCUCGUCCCACCUUCAUCCCUCAUGCCCUCUCGUCCCACCUUCAUCCCUCAUGCCCUCUCGUCCCACCUUCAUCCCUCAUGCCCUCUCGUCCCACCUUCAUCCCUCAUGCCCUCUCGUCCCACCUUCAUCCCUCAUGCCCUCUCGUCCCACCUUCAUCCCUCAUGCCCUCUCGUCCCACCUUCAUCCCUCAUGCCCUCUCGUCCCACCUUCAUCCCUCAUGCCCUCUCGUCCCACCUUCAUCCCUCAUGCCCUCUCGUCCCACCUUCAUCCCUCAUGCCCUCUCGUCCCACCUUCAUCCCUCAUGCCCUCUCGUCCCACCUUCAUCCCUCAUGCCCUCUCGUCCCACCUUCAUCCCUCAUGCCCUCUCGUCCCACCUUCAUCCCUCAUGCCCUCUCGUCCCACCUUCAUCCCUCAUGCCCUCUCGUCCCACCUUCAUCCCUCAUGCCCUCUCGUCCCACCUUCAUCCCUCAUGCCCUCUCGUCCCACCUUCAUCCCUCAUGCCCUCUCGUCCCACCUUCAUCCCUCAUGCCCUCUCGUCCCACCUUCAUCCCUCAUGCCCUCUCGUCCCACCUUCAUCCCUCAUGCCCUCUCGUCCCACCUUCAUCCCUCAUGCCCUCUCGUCCCACCUUCAUCCCUCAUGCCCUCUCGUCCCACCUUCAUCCCUCAUGCCCUCUCGUCCCACCUUCAUCCCUCAUGCCCUCUCGUCCCACCUUCAUCCCUCAUGCCCUCUCGUCCCACCUUCAUCCCUCAUGCCCUCUCGUCCCACCUUCAUCCCUCAUGCCCUCUCGUCCCACCUUCAUCCCUCAUGCCCUCUCGUCCCACCUUCAUCCCUCAUGCCCUCUCGUCCCACCUUCAUCCCUCAUGCCCUCUCGUCCCACCUUCAUCCCUCAUGCCCUCUCGUCCCACCUUCAUCCCUCAUGCCCUCUCGUCCCACCUUCAUCCCUCAUGCCCUCUCGUCCCACCUUCAUCCCUCAUGCCCUCUCGUCCCACCUUCAUCCCUCAUGCCCUCUCGUCCCACCUUCAUCCCUCAUGCCCUCUCGUCCCACCUUCAUCCCUCAUGCCCUCUCGUCCCACCUUCAUCCCUCAUGCCCUCUCGUCCCACCUUCAUCCCUCAUGCCCUCUCGUCCCACCUUCAUCCCUCAUGCCCUCUCGUCCCACCUUCAUCCCUCAUGCCCUCUCGUCCCACCUUCAUCCCUCAUGCCCUCUCGUCCCACCUUCAUCCCUCAUGCCCUCUCGUCCCACCUUCAUCCCUCAUGCCCUCUCGUCCCACCUUCAUCCCUCAUGCCCUCUCGUCCCACCUUCAUCCCUCAUGCCCUCUCGUCCCACCUUCAUCCCUCAUGCCCUCUCGUCCCACCUUCAUCCCUCAUGCCCUCUCGUCCCACCUUCAUCCCUCAUGCCCUCUCGUCCCACCUUCAUCCCUCAUGCCCUCUCGUCCCACCUUCAUCCCUCAUGCCCUCUCGUCCCACCUUCAUCCCUCAUGCCCUCUCGUCCCACCUUCAUCCCUCAUGCCCUCUCGUCCCACCUUCAUCCCUCAUGCCCUCUCGUCCCACCUUCAUCCCUCAUGCCCUCUCGUCCCACCUUCAUCCCUCAUGCCCUCUCGUCCCACCUUCAUCCCUCAUGCCCUCUCGUCCCACCUUCAUCCCUCAUGCCCUCUCGUCCCACCUUCAUCCCUCAUGCCCUCUCGUCCCACCUUCAUCCCUCAUGCCCUCUCGUCCCACCUUCAUCCCUCAUGCCCUCUCGUCCCACCUUCAUCCCUCAUGCCCUCUCGUCCCACCUUCAUCCCUCAUGCCCUCUCGUCCCACCUUCAUCCCUCAUGCCCUCUCGUCCCACCUUCAUCCCUCAUGCCCUCUCGUCCCACCUUCAUCCCUCAUGCCCUCUCGUCCCACCUUCAUCCCUCAUGCCCUCUCGUCCCACCUUCAUCCCUCAUGCCCUCUCGUCCCACCUUCAUCCCUCAUGCCCUCUCGUCCCACCUUCAUCCCUCAUGCCCUCUCGUCCCACCUUCAUCCCUCAUGCCCUCUCGUCCCACCUUCAUCCCUCAUGCCCUCUCGUCCCACCUUCAUCCCUCAUGCCCUCUCGUCCCACCUUCAUCCCUCAUGCCCUCUCGUCCCACCUUCAUCCCUCAUGCCCUCUCGUCCCACCUUCAUCCCUCAUGCCCUCUCGUCCCACCUUCAUCCCUCAUGCCCUCUCGUCCCACCUUCAUCCCUCAUGCCCUCUCGUCCCACCUUCAUCCCUCAUGCCCUCUCGUCCCACCUUCAUCCCUCAUGCCCUCUCGUCCCACCUUCAUCCCUCAUGCCCUCUCGUCCCACCUUCAUCCCUCAUGCCCUCUCGUCCCACCUUCAUCCCUCAUGCCCUCUCGUCCCACCUUCAUCCCUCAUGCCCUCUCGUCCCACCUUCAUCCCUCAUGCCCUCUCGUCCCACCUUCAUCCCUCAUGCCCUCUCGUCCCACCUUCAUCCCUCAUGCCCUCUCGUCCCACCUUCAUCCCUCAUGCCCUCUCGUCCCACCUUCAUCCCUCAUGCCCUCUCGUCCCACCUUCAUCCCUCAUGCCCUCUCGUCCCACCUUCAUCCCUCAUGCCCUCUCGUCCCACCUUCAUCCCUCAUGCCCUCUCGUCCCACCUUCAUCCCUCAUGCCCUCUCGUCCCACCUUCAUCCCUCAUGCCCUCUCGUCCCACCUUCAUCCCUCAUGCCCUCUCGUCCCACCUUCAUCCCUCAUGCCCUCUCGUCCCACCUUCAUCCCUCAUGCCCUCUCGUCCCACCUUCAUCCCUCAUGCCCUCUCGUCCCACCUUCAUCCCUCAUGCCCUCUCGUCCCACCUUCAUCCCUCAUGCCCUCUCGUCCCACCUUCAUCCCUCAUGCCCUCUCGUCCCACCUUCAUCCCUCAUGCCCUCUCGUCCCACCUUCAUCCCUCAUGCCCUCUCGUCCCACCUUCAUCCCUCAUGCCCUCUCGUCCCACCUUCAUCCCUCAUGCCCUCUCGUCCCACCUUCAUCCCUCAUGCCCUCUCGUCCCACCUUCAUCCCUCAUGCCCUCUCGUCCCACCUUCAUCCCUCAUGCCCUCUCGUCCCACCUUCAUCCCUCAUGCCCUCUCGUCCCACCUUCAUCCCUCAUGCCCUCUCGUCCCACCUUCAUCCCUCAUGCCCUCUCGUCCCACCUUCAUCCCUCAUGCCCUCUCGUCCCACCUUCAUCCCUCAUGCCCUCUCGUCCCACCUUCAUCCCUCAUGCCCUCUCGUCCCACCUUCAUCCCUCAUGCCCUCUCGUCCCACCUUCAUCCCUCAUGCCCUCUCGUCCCACCUUCAUCCCUCAUGCCCUCUCGUCCCACCUUCAUCCCUCAUGCCCUCUCGUCCCACCUUCAUCCCUCAUGCCCUCUCGUCCCACCUUCAUCCCUCAUGCCCUCUCGUCCCACCUUCAUCCCUCAUGCCCUCUCGUCCCACCUUCAUCCCUCAUGCCCUCUCGUCCCACCUUCAUCCCUCAUGCCCUCUCGUCCCACCUUCAUCCCUCAUGCCCUCUCGUCCCACCUUCAUCCCUCAUGCCCUCUCGUCCCACCUUCAUCCCUCAUGCCCUCUCGUCCCACCUUCAUCCCUCAUGCCCUCUCGUCCCACCUUCAUCCCUCAUGCCCUCUCGUCCCACCUUCAUCCCUCAUGCCCUCUCGUCCCACCUUCAUCCCUCAUGCCCUCUCGUCCCACCUUCAUCCCUCAUGCCCUCUCGUCCCACCUUCAUCCCUCAUGCCCUCUCGUCCCACCUUCAUCCCUCAUGCCCUCUCGUCCCACCUUCAUCCCUCAUGCCCUCUCGUCCCACCUUCAUCCCUCAUGCCCUCUCGUCCCACCUUCAUCCCUCAUGCCCUCUCGUCCCACCUUCAUCCCUCAUGCCCUCUCGUCCCACCUUCAUCCCUCAUGCCCUCUCGUCCCACCUUCAUCCCUCAUGCCCUCUCGUCCCACCUUCAUCCCUCAUGCCCUCUCGUCCCACCUUCAUCCCUCAUGCCCUCUCGUCCCACCUUCAUCCCUCAUGCCCUCUCGUCCCACCUUCAUCCCUCAUGCCCUCUCGUCCCACCUUCAUCCCUCAUGCCCUCUCGUCCCACCUUCAUCCCUCAUGCCCUCUCGUCCCACCUUCAUCCCUCAUGCCCUCUCGUCCCACCUUCAUCCCUCAUGCCCUCUCGUCCCACCUUCAUCCCUCAUGCCCUCUCGUCCCACCUUCAUCCCUCAUGCCCUCUCGUCCCACCUUCAUCCCUCAUGCCCUCUCGUCCCACCUUCAUCCCUCAUGCCCUCUCGUCCCACCUUCAUCCCUCAUGCCCUCUCGUCCCACCUUCAUCCCUCAUGCCCUCUCGUCCCACCUUCAUCCCUCAUGCCCUCUCGUCCCACCUUCAUCCCUCAUGCCCUCUCGUCCCACCUUCAUCCCUCAUGCCCUCUCGUCCCACCUUCAUCCCUCAUGCCCUCUCGUCCCACCUUCAUCCCUCAUGCCCUCUCGUCCCACCUUCAUCCCUCAUGCCCUCUCGUCCCACCUUCAUCCCUCAUGCCCUCUCGUCCCACCUUCAUCCCUCAUGCCCUCUCGUCCCACCUUCAUCCCUCAUGCCCUCUCGUCCCACCUUCAUCCCUCAUGCCCUCUCGUCCCACCUUCAUCCCUCAUGCCCUCUCGUCCCACCUUCAUCCCUCAUGCCCUCUCGUCCCACCUUCAUCCCUCAUGCCCUCUCGUCCCACCUUCAUCCCUCAUGCCCUCUCGUCCCACCUUCAUCCCUCAUGCCCUCUCGUCCCACCUUCAUCCCUCAUGCCCUCUCGUCCCACCUUCAUCCCUCAUGCCCUCUCGUCCCACCUUCAUCCCUCAUGCCCUCUCGUCCCACCUUCAUCCCUCAUGCCCUCUCGUCCCACCUUCAUCCCUCAUGCCCUCUCGUCCCACCUUCAUCCCUCAUGCCCUCUCGUCCCACCUUCAUCCCUCAUGCCCUCUCGUCCCACCUUCAUCCCUCAUGCCCUCUCGUCCCACCUUCAUCCCUCAUGCCCUCUCGUCCCACCUUCAUCCCUCAUGCCCUCUCGUCCCACCUUCAUCCCUCAUGCCCUCUCGUCCCACCUUCAUCCCUCAUGCCCUCUCGUCCCACCUUCAUCCCUCAUGCCCUCUCGUCCCACCUUCAUCCCUCAUGCCCUCUCGUCCCACCUUCAUCCCUCAUGCCCUCUCGUCCCACCUUCAUCCCUCAUGCCCUCUCGUCCCACCUUCAUCCCUCAUGCCCUCUCGUCCCACCUUCAUCCCUCAUGCCCUCUCGUCCCACCUUCAUCCCUCAUGCCCUCUCGUCCCACCUUCAUCCCUCAUGCCCUCUCGUCCCACCUUCAUCCCUCAUGCCCUCUCGUCCCACCUUCAUCCCUCAUGCCCUCUCGUCCCACCUUCAUCCCUCAUGCCCUCUCGUCCCACCUUCAUCCCUCAUGCCCUCUCGUCCCACCUUCAUCCCUCAUGCCCUCUCGUCCCACCUUCAUCCCUCAUGCCCUCUCGUCCCACCUUCAUCCCUCAUGCCCUCUCGUCCCACCUUCAUCCCUCAUGCCCUCUCGUCCCACCUUCAUCCCUCAUGCCCUCUCGUCCCACCUUCAUCCCUCAUGCCCUCUCGUCCCACCUUCAUCCCUCAUGCCCUCUCGUCCCACCUUCAUCCCUCAUGCCCUCUCGUCCCACCUUCAUCCCUCAUGCCCUCUCGUCCCACCUUCAUCCCUCAUGCCCUCUCGUCCCACCUUCAUCCCUCAUGCCCUCUCGUCCCACCUUCAUCCCUCAUGCCCUCUCGUCCCACCUUCAUCCCUCAUGCCCUCUCGUCCCACCUUCAUCCCUCAUGCCCUCUCGUCCCACCUUCAUCCCUCAUGCCCUCUCGUCCCACCUUCAUCCCUCAUGCCCUCUCGUCCCACCUUCAUCCCUCAUGCCCUCUCGUCCCACCUUCAUCCCUCAUGCCCUCUCGUCCCACCUUCAUCCCUCAUGCCCUCUCGUCCCACCUUCAUCCCUCAUGCCCUCUCGUCCCACCUUCAUCCCUCAUGCCCUCUCGUCCCACCUUCAUCCCUCAUGCCCUCUCGUCCCACCUUCAUCCCUCAUGCCCUCUCGUCCCACCUUCAUCCCUCAUGCCCUCUCGUCCCACCUUCAUCCCUCAUGCCCUCUCGUCCCACCUUCAUCCCUCAUGCCCUCUCGUCCCACCUUCAUCCCUCAUGCCCUCUCGUCCCACCUUCAUCCCUCAUGCCCUCUCGUCCCACCUUCAUCCCUCAUGCCCUCUCGUCCCACCUUCAUCCCUCAUGCCCUCUCGUCCCACCUUCAUCCCUCAUGCCCUCUCGUCCCACCUUCAUCCCUCAUGCCCUCUCGUCCCACCUUCAUCCCUCAUGCCCUCUCGUCCCACCUUCAUCCCUCAUGCCCUCUCGUCCCACCUUCAUCCCUCAUGCCCUCUCGUCCCACCUUCAUCCCUCAUGCCCUCUCGUCCCACCUUCAUCCCUCAUGCCCUCUCGUCCCACCUUCAUCCCUCAUGCCCUCUCGUCCCACCUUCAUCCCUCAUGCCCUCUCGUCCCACCUUCAUCCCUCAUGCCCUCUCGUCCCACCUUCAUCCCUCAUGCCCUCUCGUCCCACCUUCAUCCCUCAUGCCCUCUCGUCCCACCUUCAUCCCUCAUGCCCUCUCGUCCCACCUUCAUCCCUCAUGCCCUCUCGUCCCACCUUCAUCCCUCAUGCCCUCUCGUCCCACCUUCAUCCCUCAUGCCCUCUCGUCCCACCUUCAUCCCUCAUGCCCUCUCGUCCCACCUUCAUCCCUCAUGCCCUCUCGUCCCACCUUCAUCCCUCAUGCCCUCUCGUCCCACCUUCAUCCCUCAUGCCCUCUCGUCCCACCUUCAUCCCUCAUGCCCUCUCGUCCCACCUUCAUCCCUCAUGCCCUCUCGUCCCACCUUCAUCCCUCAUGCCCUCUCGUCCCACCUUCAUCCCUCAUGCCCUCUCGUCCCACCUUCAUCCCUCAUGCCCUCUCGUCCCACCUUCAUCCCUCAUGCCCUCUCGUCCCACCUUCAUCCCUCAUGCCCUCUCGUCCCACCUUCAUCCCUCAUGCCCUCUCGUCCCACCUUCAUCCCUCAUGCCCUCUCGUCCCACCUUCAUCCCUCAUGCCCUCUCGUCCCACCUUCAUCCCUCAUGCCCUCUCGUCCCACCUUCAUCCCUCAUGCCCUCUCGUCCCACCUUCAUCCCUCAUGCCCUCUCGUCCCACCUUCAUCCCUCAUGCCCUCUCGUCCCACCUUCAUCCCUCAUGCCCUCUCGUCCCACCUUCAUCCCUCAUGCCCUCUCGUCCCACCUUCAUCCCUCAUGCCCUCUCGUCCCACCUUCAUCCCUCAUGCCCUCUCGUCCCACCUUCAUCCCUCAUGCCCUCUCGUCCCACCUUCAUCCCUCAUGCCCUCUCGUCCCACCUUCAUCCCUCAUGCCCUCUCGUCCCACCUUCAUCCCUCAUGCCCUCUCGUCCCACCUUCAUCCCUCAUGCCCUCUCGUCCCACCUUCAUCCCUCAUGCCCUCUCGUCCCACCUUCAUCCCUCAUGCCCUCUCGUCCCACCUUCAUCCCUCAUGCCCUCUCGUCCCACCUUCAUCCCUCAUGCCCUCUCGUCCCACCUUCAUCCCUCAUGCCCUCUCGUCCCACCUUCAUCCCUCAUGCCCUCUCGUCCCACCUUCAUCCCUCAUGCCCUCUCGUCCCACCUUCAUCCCUCAUGCCCUCUCGUCCCACCUUCAUCCCUCAUGCCCUCUCGUCCCACCUUCAUCCCUCAUGCCCUCUCGUCCCACCUUCAUCCCUCAUGCCCUCUCGUCCCACCUUCAUCCCUCAUGCCCUCUCGUCCCACCUUCAUCCCUCAUGCCCUCUCGUCCCACCUUCAUCCCUCAUGCCCUCUCGUCCCACCUUCAUCCCUCAUGCCCUCUCGUCCCACCUUCAUCCCUCAUGCCCUCUCGUCCCACCUUCAUCCCUCAUGCCCUCUCGUCCCACCUUCAUCCCUCAUGCCCUCUCGUCCCACCUUCAUCCCUCAUGCCCUCUCGUCCCACCUUCAUCCCUCAUGCCCUCUCGUCCCACCUUCAUCCCUCAUGCCCUCUCGUCCCACCUUCAUCCCUCAUGCCCUCUCGUCCCACCUUCAUCCCUCAUGCCCUCUCGUCCCACCUUCAUCCCUCAUGCCCUCUCGUCCCACCUUCAUCCCUCAUGCCCUCUCGUCCCACCUUCAUCCCUCAUGCCCUCUCGUCCCACCUUCAUCCCUCAUGCCCUCUCGUCCCACCUUCAUCCCUCAUGCCCUCUCGUCCCACCUUCAUCCCUCAUGCCCUCUCGUCCCACCUUCAUCCCUCAUGCCCUCUCGUCCCACCUUCAUCCCUCAUGCCCUCUCGUCCCACCUUCAUCCCUCAUGCCCUCUCGUCCCACCUUCAUCCCUCAUGCCCUCUCGUCCCACCUUCAUCCCUCAUGCCCUCUCGUCCCACCUUCAUCCCUCAUGCCCUCUCGUCCCACCUUCAUCCCUCAUGCCCUCUCGUCCCACCUUCAUCCCUCAUGCCCUCUCGUCCCACCUUCAUCCCUCAUGCCCUCUCGUCCCACCUUCAUCCCUCAUGCCCUCUCGUCCCACCUUCAUCCCUCAUGCCCUCUCGUCCCACCUUCAUCCCUCAUGCCCUCUCGUCCCACCUUCAUCCCUCAUGCCCUCUCGUCCCACCUUCAUCCCUCAUGCCCUCUCGUCCCACCUUCAUCCCUCAUGCCCUCUCGUCCCACCUUCAUCCCUCAUGCCCUCUCGUCCCACCUUCAUCCCUCAUGCCCUCUCGUCCCACCUUCAUCCCUCAUGCCCUCUCGUCCCACCUUCAUCCCUCAUGCCCUCUCGUCCCACCUUCAUCCCUCAUGCCCUCUCGUCCCACCUUCAUCCCUCAUGCCCUCUCGUCCCACCUUCAUCCCUCAUGCCCUCUCGUCCCACCUUCAUCCCUCAUGCCCUCUCGUCCCACCUUCAUCCCUCAUGCCCUCUCGUCCCACCUUCAUCCCUCAUGCCCUCUCGUCCCACCUUCAUCCCUCAUGCCCUCUCGUCCCACCUUCAUCCCUCAUGCCCUCUCGUCCCACCUUCAUCCCUCAUGCCCUCUCGUCCCACCUUCAUCCCUCAUGCCCUCUCGUCCCACCUUCAUCCCUCAUGCCCUCUCGUCCCACCUUCAUCCCUCAUGCCCUCUCGUCCCACCUUCAUCCCUCAUGCCCUCUCGUCCCACCUUCAUCCCUCAUGCCCUCUCGUCCCACCUUCAUCCCUCAUGCCCUCUCGUCCCACCUUCAUCCCUCAUGCCCUCUCGUCCCACCUUCAUCCCUCAUGCCCUCUCGUCCCACCUUCAUCCCUCAUGCCCUCUCGUCCCACCUUCAUCCCUCAUGCCCUCUCGUCCCACCUUCAUCCCUCAUGCCCUCUCGUCCCACCUUCAUCCCUCAUGCCCUCUCGUCCCACCUUCAUCCCUCAUGCCCUCUCGUCCCACCUUCAUCCCUCAUGCCCUCUCGUCCCACCUUCAUCCCUCAUGCCCUCUCGUCCCACCUUCAUCCCUCAUGCCCUCUCGUCCCACCUUCAUCCCUCAUGCCCUCUCGUCCCACCUUCAUCCCUCAUGCCCUCUCGUCCCACCUUCAUCCCUCAUGCCCUCUCGUCCCACCUUCAUCCCUCAUGCCCUCUCGUCCCACCUUCAUCCCUCAUGCCCUCUCGUCCCACCUUCAUCCCUCAUGCCCUCUCGUCCCACCUUCAUCCCUCAUGCCCUCUCGUCCCACCUUCAUCCCUCAUGCCCUCUCGUCCCACCUUCAUCCCUCAUGCCCUCUCGUCCCACCUUCAUCCCUCAUGCCCUCUCGUCCCACCUUCAUCCCUCAUGCCCUCUCGUCCCACCUUCAUCCCUCAUGCCCUCUCGUCCCACCUUCAUCCCUCAUGCCCUCUCGUCCCACCUUCAUCCCUCAUGCCCUCUCGUCCCACCUUCAUCCCUCAUGCCCUCUCGUCCCACCUUCAUCCCUCAUGCCCUCUCGUCCCACCUUCAUCCCUCAUGCCCUCUCGUCCCACCUUCAUCCCUCAUGCCCUCUCGUCCCACCUUCAUCCCUCAUGCCCUCUCGUCCCACCUUCAUCCCUCAUGCCCUCUCGUCCCACCUUCAUCCCUCAUGCCCUCUCGUCCCACCUUCAUCCCUCAUGCCCUCUCGUCCCACCUUCAUCCCUCAUGCCCUCUCGUCCCACCUUCAUCCCUCAUGCCCUCUCGUCCCACCUUCAUCCCUCAUGCCCUCUCGUCCCACCUUCAUCCCUCAUGCCCUCUCGUCCCACCUUCAUCCCUCAUGCCCUCUCGUCCCACCUUCAUCCCUCAUGCCCUCUCGUCCCACCUUCAUCCCUCAUGCCCUCUCGUCCCACCUUCAUCCCUCAUGCCCUCUCGUCCCACCUUCAUCCCUCAUGCCCUCUCGUCCCACCUUCAUCCCUCAUGCCCUCUCGUCCCACCUUCAUCCCUCAUGCCCUCUCGUCCCACCUUCAUCCCUCAUGCCCUCUCGUCCCACCUUCAUCCCUCAUGCCCUCUCGUCCCACCUUCAUCCCUCAUGCCCUCUCGUCCCACCUUCAUCCCUCAUGCCCUCUCGUCCCACCUUCAUCCCUCAUGCCCUCUCGUCCCACCUUCAUCCCUCAUGCCCUCUCGUCCCACCUUCAUCCCUCAUGCCCUCUCGUCCCACCUUCAUCCCUCAUGCCCUCUCGUCCCACCUUCAUCCCUCAUGCCCUCUCGUCCCACCUUCAUCCCUCAUGCCCUCUCGUCCCACCUUCAUCCCUCAUGCCCUCUCGUCCCACCUUCAUCCCUCAUGCCCUCUCGUCCCACCUUCAUCCCUCAUGCCCUCUCGUCCCACCUUCAUCCCUCAUGCCCUCUCGUCCCACCUUCAUCCCUCAUGCCCUCUCGUCCCACCUUCAUCCCUCAUGCCCUCUCGUCCCACCUUCAUCCCUCAUGCCCUCUCGUCCCACCUUCAUCCCUCAUGCCCUCUCGUCCCACCUUCAUCCCUCAUGCCCUCUCGUCCCACCUUCAUCCCUCAUGCCCUCUCGUCCCACCUUCAUCCCUCAUGCCCUCUCGUCCCACCUUCAUCCCUCAUGCCCUCUCGUCCCACCUUCAUCCCUCAUGCCCUCUCGGCCGUGGGGCGAGUGGACUACUGUGAGACGCGCCGCCCCCUCACACCCGCCACGCCCGCCAAGCUGCCCGCUCCCGGCUCUGCUGAUGGUGCGCGGGGUGCACAGCAGGGCGGGCGUGGAGGGGGUGGCAGCGAGCAGGGCGGGAGUGCGGUGGCGUGGGUGGCGCGGUGCUUCUUCCCCGGUGGGCGAGUGCAGCAGCACGAGUGGGAGGAGAGCGGUGGGGGGGGAGGGGUGGAGAGGCGGGCAGCAGACGGCAGUGGGAGGGGCUGGGAGGGGCGGGCAGGCAGUGAGGGGCUGGCGUGGGUUCCCAGGCCGUUCCUUGGAGGGGCGGGCGUGGUGGAGGUGGCAGUGCGGCACAGCACGGUGCAGCACUGUUCGUGGGGGGCGAUUGAAGGGCGCACAGCUGUGCAGAGGCAGGUGCGCGUGGUGGUGCAGAGGCAUGGGCGUGGGCGCGAGGGCAGUGAGGCUGGGGGCGAGGAGGAUGGAGACGGCGAGGCCAGCAGCGGCGCAUGCAGGCAGGCAGGCAGCAGCAAAGAGGGGGGACGGUGCAGCAACGAGAGGGGCCCAGGCGGGGCGGGCAGGGUUGCAGAGAGGGAGAGGGAGAGGGAGAGGGAGAGGGAGAGGGAGCGGCAGAGGUGUGCGGUGGUGUGGGCCCCGCGACCGUUCCUCUCCGCCCCUGCUGUGCACGUGGAAGAGGAGCGAUGA